GGAUGCAUAGACAUAUCCUUUCUGUGUGGAACACAGUAACACUGAGCCCAGUGGUGUUCAGGUUACCCAGCAACCCUUUCACUGUGUAUUAUUGAACCUUUUUGUGUGAUCAGUGUAUUGUUGGACUCUUUGGAUUGUCAUUGGGAGGCCGCGGGUGGAUUGGCUUACAUUCUGUGUGUGCUGACACAGACCUUCUGUGACCACAUUCAGUUGGAUGAUGACAAGGGAAGCACGGUGAAAGACAAUAAUCUGCUAAAAAGACAAGAAGAAACAUCUGUGAGCACAAACAGAGAAAGUCUACCAACUGAGAUGGAAUCAAAGAGACAAACCUGGGAUUAUCAGUGACGAUCAUUCUCUAACAUGGACUAAUCUAGGAAGCUACACUUUCACAUAUAAACACUUUUCCAUACGAUUGGUUUCCUUGCUGUGAAGAAGACAAGGGGUGAACAUGCAGGAGUCUCCAGGUAUCGCAGGUGUGGACGGCAGCUUUGCUAGCAACGUGCCGGCUUUCCUCACUAAACUGUGGACGCUGGUGGAAAAUCCAGAUACCAACCACCUCAUCUGCUGGAGCACUACUGGAACGAGUUUCCAUGUGUUUGAUCAGGGACGCUUUGCCAAAGAGGUUCUACCAAAAUACUUUAAACACAACAACAUGGCGAGCUUUGUUCGGCAGCUUAACAUGUAUGGUUUCCGUAAAGUGGUGAACAUUGAGCAAAGCGGCCUGGUGAAGCCUGAAAGAGAUGAUACAGAGUUCCAGCAUCUUUACUUCCUGCAGGGACACGAACAUAUGCUGGAGCACAUCAAGAGGAAGGUGUCCAUCGUGAAAAGCGAGGAGACCAAAGUUCGUCAGGAGGACCUCAGUAAGCUAUUGUAUGAAGUUCAGCUUCUAAGAACACAGCAGGAUAACAUGGAGUGUCAGAUCCAGGACAUGAAGCAGCAGAAUGAGGUUCUUUGGAGAGAGGUGGUGUCAUUGAGACAGAACCACACGCAGCAACAGAAGGUGAUGAACAAGCUGAUUCAGUUCCUGUUCAGCCAGAUGCAGUCAAGCACACCCAGUGCUGUGGGCCUGAAGAGAAAACUGCCUCUGAUGUUGGAUGACAGCUCUCCCAGCCCUCCUCCCCCCAAGUUCAGUCAUAGUCAUCACAUAGAGCCUCCGCAUGAAUCCUACUACAUCCACUCACCAUCAAGCGAUGCUGUGUCUACUGAUGAUCUGACAGGAGGACCAAUCAUAUCAGAUGUUACUGACAUGUCACAGACCAGCAAGGCCAUUCAGAUGCAGUCUGUUGAGAGCAGGGAGAAGUGCAUGAUGCUCAUUAAAGAAGAGCCUGUGAGCCCAGGAGUGCGCGGUGGGGGAAAAGGGGGUGGCAUUGGUGGAGAAGAAGCCGUGGCAAUGACCUCCACCUGUGAGGUCUGCACCUCUGAGCCUCCAGUCCUCCCUGUCGCCAUGGUGCAGUCUGUCCUGGAGGGGAGGGGUUCAGCAGCUUCAGUGAUAGAGAGGAGAAGCAGGAGACCUGCCCUCGACAGAGCUGAGCUUUCAGAGUCAGUGGAGAACGUAGACAUGAGCCUGGAGGAGCUACAGCAGCUGCUGCUCAGGAGCCACCAGCAGAGUGCUCUGGAAACUGGAGCUGGCACUGUAAUGGAUCCUUUCAGUUUAAGCCUGCCUCUGACUGAGUGGAAUUUCCCUGAGAUGGAGUCCAACCUCAAAUCUUACAUGUUUCAGAAUCAGGAAGCAGAGGCUUUUCAUGCGGCUAGCUGUGAGGAUCAGUGAUUCUGAACCACCACCUGCCACAUUUUAAUUGAAAGGCCACAGAAGCUGCUGUUUUCUACUCUGUUCUACUCCUGAAGAGUUUGAACUCAAAGCCCUGCCAGGCUGUUUCCUACAUGCUGCUUUAUUUCUGUUCUGUGCACAGAAGGUCAUCUGAAAGAAAGGGGACAGUGGAUUUUUUUAACUACUCCCUGGUUAGCUGGCUGCCAUGGUUUUGAUGUCCACAUUUGCAGUUAAGGAAACAAAAUAAUGUUGUUGCGACAUAAUUCAAUUCUCAUUUAAAGCCAGAUGGAUGCAGACUGCACAUUCUUGGCUUCUGCACUUUAGUCUUUGUGUGAGUUGUAGCCUGUAGAUGUAAUUUUUUCUCCUAUAAAUAAUCUAUUGCAGAAAUGUAAAAAUGUUUUCUAUUAUUUAACAUAAGAAAGGUAAUCAUUGAGGUUAAUGUAGCAUAUUUCACAAACGCAUUUUCUGAGACUGUGUAGAGGCCCCUCAACUCUUCCUCCAAAAUCCCUGCAGUGAUUCACUCCAGUGCUACAAUAAGUGUAUAAGACUUUUGAUACUUAAAGCAAAAAUGUAAAUGUAAAGCCCACUGUAACCCAUUCAAGAUUGGGCUUCAGGAGAAACAGGUCCAGGAGAGACACCCAGAUAUCCAUCUCCCCUGGCGACACCCACUUAUUCUGGGGGAUCCCAAGCCGGAUGGAAUACAUAGUCCCUUCAGUGAGCUCUGGGUCUCCCCCGACCUCUCCUCCUAGUGGCAUUUGCCCAGAAAACCUCUAGAAAGUGGUGCUCAAUAGGAAUGCUCAGCAGAUGUCUGAACUACGUAAAAUGACUCCUUUCGAUGCAGAGAAGCAGCGGCUCUACUUUGACCUCCCCCUAGAUGACAGAGCUCUUCACCCUAUUUUUAAGGCUGAGUCCGGCCACCCUACGAAGGAAAUUCAUUUCAACUGUUUGUAUCCAGGAUCUCAUUCUUUCUGUAAUGAUCUAUAUCUUAAGGCAUAUAGGUGAGGGUCGGAACGUAGACAGAACAGUAAAUCAAGAGCUUUACUUUUUGUCUCGGCUCUUCAUCACAACAGACUGAAGCAACUCCCAUUUUACUGCAGACGAAUCCCAAAUAUGAAUGUCCAUCUCCCACUCCACCCUACCGUCACUCGAACCAGAAACCAAUCUCGUAUAAGUAGCAGACCAUGGAUGCAUGGAUGGACUAAUGUGUAUCACACUGGGAGUUUAACCUACGUAUUUAAUAUGUCCUUGCACUGAUCUAACGUGUACCCAUAUAGUUAUAUUUUUCUGUUUUUACUUGUGAAACAAUGAAAAAAAAGGCUUAUUAUUUGACAAAAGCAUAGUCAGUUCUGCUUUUAGCACAAUCAACAUCUUCAGAUGGGUUGGAACAUUGAUAUUAGGCCUUUAAUUUUCUGUUUGUAAAAUUCAGGCACUUUGUAGAGCUCCUUGAGAGUCGCUAGACCUGUAUAUGGAUACAAAAUUAGUUGAGAUGUUUAUGAGAGCACACAUGGAACAAAACCAGAUCCAAGUGUUUUUAAACUGAGAGAUCAUAUAUUACAUAAUUUAAAAAAAAUGUUGUUGGAGUUUCUAUUGCUACAUGUAUAAUGGGAUUGUUUCUUGAAAUUUAAUCUGUAAUAGAAACUUGCAUACCAGCUUCAAAAACUGUACAUAAUAAGAUUGAGAACAUUUACUACAGUUUUUCCCUUUUUUGUGUAAAAGUUCAUGCUGAGCAUUGGUUGCAGGCAACAAAUAUUUGUGAUAAUGUGAUUAGGAGAAAGUAGCCGCAGAUAGGUUGAAUUGUGCAAUAUUGUACAGAACUGUGAGAAUACUGCAAUGCACAGAUGACCAUUGGAAUGUAGGUAAUGAACAUGUAGAUGUGAGUUGUGGACUUGGGCAGACCACAGUGAGAUGCACUGCUGAAGGAAAAAAUUAGCCUGUGAGUCUAAAAGCACUGCUAUUCAUGCUGAACUGGACAGAAGCUUUAAACAUUCGUUACAUGAUGGUGAAGUGAGAUGAGCUACAAGCCUGCACCCAGUAGCACCCUGCAGCCUGUGGCUUGGCCACAGGCUACUGCGGCAUUUUGCAGUGGAAGUGGCAGUCCCAUAACCUUUUCGUCCAAAACAAGUCAUGCAGAAUCAGCCGGUUGUGCCCUGAACACGACUUAAAAAACUCUCUGCAACCAUGGAUUCUAAGAAGGCACAAAUAAGCAUUAGCUUUUAGCGUUGCAUUGCUGUUUUCCUUCGAGUUUCCGCUGUUGCACAAAGAAUCUUUGUCAAUGAGACUUAAAUGCCUGUACAACAUGUUGGCACAAUUACAGCAGAAACUUGUUUUGAGGGAAGUGAAAAGCUCAAUGAACCCAAAAGUAGCAGCUUACCGAGACCAAACCUGAAAUGAGAUUUUGCUUUUUCUUUCUAAAUAUUUUAUUGAGCUCACUAAAACAUUUCAAAUGGGACUUGCACGGUAAAAAAAAUGUGUUUGAGCCUCCUUCUCUGUGAAUGAUUUGGAGUAAAUGAAAGAAAAAGUGACCUGUGGUGUAAAGUAAGUGGAAUUGCACUAAAACUUGCAGUUGUAAGAUAUCCUUAGACUUAGCAGUUUUUUUGUUCCUCAUCAUAUGAGUGUAAAUGGCUUUUUCAAGGGGUGAUGAAUUGUACAUUCAGUUGCUGUUGUGUUCCUGAUUUAUUCUGUUUUAAAUUUUAAUCAUUUGCACUGGCACAGAAUGGAUUUGUGUUCAAAUGGCAUUUAUGCUUGUCGGGAUUACAGACAGAUAAGGAAGUAUUUUUGUUCAGUGACUGAAAAGACAUCUGCUGUUAACAAAGCCUGGCAUCCCAAAAGCACCUCUGCACUGUGAACGGUCAUGAAUAAAUCUACAUACAAAUUUGCAUCACUUGCUGCGUUAGCGAAAGAUAAUAGAAAGCAAGCAUGCACUGUCAAUGAAAAAAGGGAUGAUCUCAGUACUUAGAUGCUUUUGAAAGUGGGCCACAGCUUGCUCAAAAUAUGAAGCAUUUUGGGGAUUUUUUUUUCUUUUUUUUUGGCAAAGACUAAAGUGUAUUGUUACACAUACCGAACAUGUAUUCCACCUGUGUAUGAACAAUUUAAGUGGUCAACUUAAAUAAAAGUUAUUAAAAAAAAA